AUGAUUACUAAUAAGAAAAUAAAGAUAAAUGUUCCAGAAAAACUCGGCCUGUCGGAACAAUCUUUUGAGGAAUCGUGGGAAAUAGUUAAAUAUGCCAUUGAUCGCAUUUACGGCGAUGACAUAGCCGACCUUUCGUUCGAACAAGUGUACAGGACCAUUUAUACUGUGGUUCUAAAUAGAAAGGGGUCGAUACUUUAUAACAAAUUGCAAACUUAUCUAAUCCAAAAACUAAGUUUCUUAAGGGAAACGACAAUCAAGGACAAUGCGCAUGAUUAUGAAUUUCUCGAAACAAUGGCACGAUUGUGGGAAACGCAAUGCCAUUGCUUUAAAAUCACGGGAGACCUAAUGAUGUAUAUGGAUAAAGUGUAUUGCAAGCCAAAUAGAUGCUUGGAGGUAUAUGACAUGUGCCUCGAUCUUUUUCGGAUCGAAAUAUUACAAAAAUGCUCUUCUUCUCUCAUUUCAGCACUAAUAUCUGAUAUAGAAAGCAUUCGUGAUUUGGGAUCCGUCGAUUCCAAACACACUAGUCUGUGGAAGGUAUUAAUAGGAAUGAUGGAGACAUUACAUGACAAUAGGGAUAGUUUUUUCUUGACUGAUUUUGAGCCCGUCUUAAUUAGCACUACAGAAGAGUACUAUAAUAAAGCUAUUGAUAUUAAAUUGUUAACGCCAAUUGACAGCCUGGAAAAAAUCAGGAAGUUGAGGCAGUUUGAAAAUAUGCUCGACUCUUCUUUUUUAAAUGUGGAUUCUCAUAAUAAGUUGAAAACUGUGUUAGGAAAUGUUCUCAUAUGGGGAAAGUUGAGUGAUGUUAUUGAGGAUUUAACGCAUGAAGCAAUGGAGCUUUCAGAUGGAAAGCUGCUUCAAGAAAUCUAUGAUUUAUCAAGCGAAGAAAAAUAUCGCAAAACUAUCAUUGAGUCUAUCAAGUCCUACAUUGGCAAAAACGCCAUAAAAAUUCCUUUUAAGGAAGGCAGUCGCAAGAAAGGGCAGAAUGCGAUCACUUGGUCGUCAGAGACUGUGAGAUUAUAUCACAGUCAGCACUUGUUUUUGGAAAAUAUUAAAUUUGGUUCAAUUCGUCUUAACAAUUUGACUGCGGACAUAUCCGUUGCAAUACUUAACGAUGUUUUCUCGAUGUAUUUCUCUAAAGAAGGAGCAUUACCAUCGGAAUACUUUUCCACCUACGUGGACUACUGUAUGAAACGAGCAAAGGAAAACGAUGCCGAGGUAGUGAAAAUCAAGCAAGAGUUGCUUGAUAGCACCAAAUUAAUCGGAUUGCUAACCGAGAAGGAUAUAUUCGAAAAAACUUAUAAAAAGCAACUCUCCAGAAGAUUAUUGCAACAAAGGUCUUUAGUAGAAAUUGAAAAGUGGAUGGUACAAAUGAUAAAGAAGGUUUUGGGAACUUUUUUUACCUCAAAAAUGGAGAUAAUGCUGCGAGAUAUAUCUUUAUCUUCUGAAAUAUUCCAAGCAUUCAAAAACUCAACAGCAAACAGCAUAGAAUAUUUGAGUUUUGUGCCACAAGUUUUGACGAGAACGAGUUGGCCCUUUCAAAGUACUAACCCAAUUGACGAAACCAUUUCACUACCUCCUAGGAUGUCACAAAUCUUAGCUGCCUUUGAGGGCUACUACUCCUCAAAAUACAAAGAAAGGGUGCUAAAGUGGGCUCAUCAUUUAAGUGUGAUUGAGAUUGGCUGCCAGUUCAAUAGCGGUUAUUACGAAAUAAGCUUUUCUGUUUAUGCUGGAGUUAUUUUCCUUUUAUUUGAGGAUUACGAAGAAUUAACGCUGGGAGAGAUAUAUGAACUAACUCAUAUUCCUGAAGGUGAUGUUAACUCACUUGUAUUGUCAAUGUCGACAAUACCCAGAUGCAAGAUUUUGAAAAAGUCAUCAAAUUCAGGAAUUAUUAAAUUCUCUGUUAAUUAUUUCUUUUCUUCUCCAAACAGGAAAGUGAAAGUUCCGGUCAUUGCAGGCCCUAUACUAUCUCACAAAUCUGAUAACUUGGCAACUCCAAGUUCUGUAGAUACCUAUGAUAAUGAAAUUAUUAUGGAGCUUAAUGCUACUAUUGUUCGUAUCAUGAAAACAGAAGGUAAGCUAAACCAUCAGCAGUUACUUGAAAGAGCUACCAAGCAGUCACGGCCUCGGUUCAGUCUUACACCGAGCCUCUUUAAACGAAGUAUCCAGCUCUUAGUGGAGAAAGAAUACAUUCAGAGAGAUGCGGAUGAUGCUUCUUAUUACCAUUACCUUUCUUAA